AUGGAAGUAUGUUACCAGCUGCCGGUGCUGCCCCUGGACAGGCCGGUCCCGCAGCAUGUCCUCAGCCGCAGAGGGGCCAUCAGCUUCAGCUCCAGCUCCGCGCUCUUCGGUUGCCCCAACCCCAGGCAGCUCUCUCAGAGACGUGGAGCAAUUUCCUAUGACAGCUCUGAUCAAACUGCAUUGUACAUUCGUAUGCUAGGAGAUGUGCGAGUAAGAAGUCGGGCAGGAUUUGAAACAGAAAGAAGAGGUUCUCAUCCAUACAUUGAUUUCCGUAUUUUUCACUCAAACUCUGAAAUUGAAGUGUCUGUGUCUGCAAGGAAUAUCCGAAGAUUACUUAGUUUCCAGCGGUACUUGAGAUCGUCUCGUUUCUUCCGUGGUAUUACUGUUCCAAGUUCCUCAAACAUUUUAGAUGAUGAUUAUAAUGGACAAGCAAAGUGUAUGCUGGAGAAAGUUGGAAAAUGGAAUUUUGAUAUCUUUCUUCUUGAUAGGCUAACAAAUGGAAACAGUCUAGUCAGCUUAACCUUCCACCUGUUUAAUCUUCAUGGACUGAUAGAACACUUCCACUUAGAUACGAUGAAACUUCGUAGAUUUUUAGUUAUGGUUCAAGAAGAUUAUCAUAGUCAAAACCCUUAUCAUAAUGCAGUUCAUGCUGCUGAUGUGACUCAGGCCAUGCACUGUUAUUUAGAAGAACCUAAGCUCUCCAAAUCUCUAACUCCAUGGGAUGUUCUGCUCAGUUUAAUUGCAGCUGUCACACAUGAUUUGGAUCAUCCAGGUGUUAAUCAGCCUUUCCUUAUUAAAACAAACCAUUACUUAGCAACUUUAUAUAAGAAUAUCUCAGUAUUAGAAAACCACCACUGGAGAUCAGCAGUGGGGUUGUUGAGAGAGUCUGGUUUAUUUGCACAUAUGUCAUUAGAAAACAGGAAGCUGAUGGAAAGCCAGAUAGGUGCUCUGAUUCUUGCCACAGACAUAAGUCGGCAAAAUGAAUACCUAUCCCUGUUUAGAACCCAUUUGGACAGAGGAGACCUAUGUUUAGAGGAGGCAGGCCAUCGCCACUUCAUUUUACAGAUGGCUUUGAAGUGUGCUGAUAUUUGUAAUCCAUGCCGGACCUGGGAACUGAGCAAGCAAUGGAGUGAAAAAGUAACAGAGGAAUUCUUCCAUCAAGGAGAUGUUGAAAAAAAAUAUCACUUGGGUGUGAGUCCGCUGUGUGAUCGACAGUCAGAAACCAUUGCCAACAUCCAGAUUGGUUUUAUGACCUACUUAGUGGAGCCAUUAUUUUCAGAGUGGGCCCGGUUUUCAAAUACCAGGUUAUCACAGACGAUGCUUGGUCAUCUGGGACUGAAUAAAGCUAGUUGGAAGGGACUGCAAAGAGAACAGUCGAGCAGUGGUGAUGAUACUGAUCCUGCAUUUGAGGAAAUGGACUCAGAUGUAUUACCUCAGGAAACUCGAUUGUCCUGA